GAAGUUAUUUAGAAAACUCGCAACAGUAGAAAUCAAUACACGACUUAUUUGACUAGAAAAAAUUAUUUUUAUUUCGAAAUCAAAGACGUAGAAUAAUUUAUAAAAAAAUUAGGUCAUCGAAUCGAACGAAUAUACAAAAAAAAAAGAAAUAUUUAAAAUAAUAAAACGCGAGUGCUAUGAUUGAAUACUCAGCAAUGAAUGAGAAUUCAACAGCAAGAUCGUGGAUGUACGGUGAUAGUAAGAAAUUGAAAGAAAUCGUGACAAACGGUUAUCCGCCAUCAUGAUUUUAAGAUUGAUAAUUUACAACAAGUGAAAAUUGGAUCGCUUAGAAGCGGCAAAGUGGGGCAAUAAAGUGCUGCGAAAUAUAUUUUCGCAUAUCAAAUUCGUGUUAAGAUGACAGCUUUUCAAGCUAUAAUUGCAACAUUGUUCGCGAUACAGUGGGGAAUUGAUUUAAAUAAAUUAUCAACGCACACUGGAACGGCAUCAGUUACGGCGAACGCUCAGCUAAUCUGGACACCGAUUUACGUCGGCGGAACUAGUCAAGUCGACCUUUGGACUCAGAGCACCGAGGGCUGCGCCUGCAGCUUUAAUUCAACAAGGACAGAUUGCGCCUGCUGCGUUCAGUCCGGUGGAUGCAGCUGCGGUGAUUCUUCGCCUCACAGAUGCGCACAAUGCGGGCUUGAGCAAAACUGCGCAAACAUGUGCAACAUGACGCUGGACAGUAAACAGCUGCUGAAUAAAUCCGGUCGAGGUUUCGGCCAAAUAAAAUCGCCAGCGCUGACCGGACCGACUAGAUGUACUUACAGAUUUGUACCGGACACCGGACAACGUGUCGAACUCCAAAUUUAUCGCCUCAUCUCGAUUGGUCGGCACAACGGUUCGAUGUGUGAGGGUGGCUGGCUGCAGCUGGAAGCUGGAGCGAGGGUCUGCGGUAAAAAUGAGAGAUUCAAUCCACCGGUAGUCCUGUUCUCCGAUAAGGAUUCAACAACACUUCAAAUGCAAAUAAAUGAAAAGACAGUGAGAUCGCAAUUCUUGGCCUAUUUUAGCUUCACUUCUACGACGAGCACAUCCGUCGGAUGGCCGGCGAGGGGAGGAAAGUCCGUAAACAAUACUGAGUGCGACUGGGUCUACGAGGACACGGAUUGCCGAAAGGAGUGCGUCCUGGCGAGUCCUGGAUACCCGGGAGUCUACGCGCCGAACACUCGAUGCCGUUACCUCGUCACUUCCGGUCCCCAAAUGGCGGUGACCAUCAAAUUUACGGCGGUUUUGCUGCCGCACAACCACUGCACCAGCGACUACAUCGCCGUUUAUUCUGGCCCAACAAUUUCCAGUCCAGUAUUAGCGAUGCUCUGCGGUAAUAAGAAGACUUCGGUCACCCACGCAGGACCAAAUAUUUUGGUGGAAUUCAGAUCCGGUCCAGGAGUUCCGCCCUUCGACUACAACGGCUUCGUGGCGACCCUAAACUUUCAGGAAAUAACGACAGAAUCACCAACGACAGUCGCGACGGAGACGACGAGCAGAGCGAGUGACGUCGGGAAAUUUGCCAACGUCGGAGGCGGGGGGCCGAAUAUUCGGACUCAGGAUCAUCGGAGAGAGCAUAGACUAAACAGCUGCGACCUCGAGGUCAGAGGCGACGAGGUCAGGGCUGGAAAUCACGAUACUAGGGGAAAACCAAAGUCCACAGCCUGUCGACUCGUUCUAAGGGGCGGCUCGUACGAUUCCAUCCACGUGUCUUUGGCCAGCUAUAAUUUGAGUGCCCCGACAUGCAGAUCGAUGAUCGAGAUUUUUGACGGACCUCUCGAGGGCGGGACAAACGGAAAUGCAAAAUCGCUGAAGAGGAUUUGCAGCCCCGCUCAAAGAAUGCCGGGAGACGUUGAACCGACAGACAAGUACGUAGAACCUGAGAGAUACUCGUCAACGGGACGAGAGAUGACCGUCGUUCUUAGAAGAGCCUCGAACACCCCGAGGGACGAGGAAUACAUGGAUGCUGUGUACUAUUUUCACGAUGAAAGAGAGGGUGGUACGCAGCAGCCAGCGAGUGUUUGUGACGUUGAAUACUUCGGCCUGAGUUCGCCAAAAAAUGGUUCCGUCGUUCAUCCAGCGCCCCACCGACUCCUUUCGUUGGAAGGUCCGCUGAAAUGCCGUCAGCAUUUCAUACCGGCGGCCAAUCAGUCGGUUAUAAUAACUCUCCAGAGCACCAACAAACGGAUCUCGAACAGCGCUUGCGACACGCAGUGCGGAGACAGCGGAUGUCGAUGCUUCGCGAACAGAUCUCUCGACGAAAUUGAUCACCUGCAACUCAUUUCCGAAACCGGACACAUCGUCAGCUGCCUUUGCGGAAGCUAUCAGGACUGGCUUCCGGUGGGAGUGCGAAGUUGGACGCCGGUCUACAUCGAGUGGUUCAGAUCGUCUAGAGGUGGACUGGACUUCAAGGCCACCUACAGAUUCGCCGAGGACGCGUUCUGCGGCGAUCAUUCGACCACCAGACCCCAAGGUGAAGUCACCAGCGGUGAUCUCGCCAAUGAGAUUGUCAAGCUCAACAGAUUUUAUCAGCAAAGGUGCACCUGGGUACUUGACUCCCAAACAGACCGGCAACUCACCGUCGAAGUCGAGUCGAAUCAAAGCAAGCCAUGUACAGCCUGGAACCUGACGAUACACGAGUACAGCAGCAGCGGUGAUCCUGCUGGUCCUAGACUGCACACUUUCUGCUCGCGGGAUCGUCACAAAAACUUCACUCUGCCUUGGAAAAUGAACACUAUUGUAGUUCGGUUGCAAGCCUUGAGUCGCACGGCUCCUCAAUACGUGUUGCGAUGGCGGAGCGAUUCCGUGACGGCAAAUACCAGAAAAAGCGCCCCAUCGCCGGCUCCGAAUCAAGUCGCAGGAUCGUCUCGGAGUUCGAGGGAAUCUCGACGGAUAAUCAUCGCCAUGAUCCUCGUAGCUGCUGCGGCAAAAUUGCUACCAAAAGUUUAGGAAAGUACUGAGAUAUAAGGAAU